AUGAAGUGCUUUUUGUCUGUGGUAGCAUUAGUUGGUGCUUUGAGUAGCCUGGCUGCUGCUGAUAAAGGGGUGGCAUGGGAGCGCUUGAACCUCAACGACUCUCUCCUCUUGGUUGUGGAUAUGCAGGUUGGUCUUUACCAAAUUGCUCGUGACUGGGACCCUACGUUGUAUCGGGACAACAUGCUUGCACAUGCAGCACUUGGAAAAGUCUUUGACAUGCCUGUCAUCAUGACAACUUCAGCUCAAUCUGGACCUAAUGGACCGCUGCCCAAGGAGAUCCUGGAGAUGUACCCUAAUGCUACUCUCAUUCAGCGUAACGGUGAAGUCGAUGCCUGGGAUAAUUCUGAGUUCCGCGCAGCCGUCCAGGCUACCCAUAAGAAGCAGAUUAUCUUGGCUGGUAUUACAACAGAUGUUUGUACCACCUUCCUUGCCCUGUCCCUGCGUGCGGAUGGAUACUCAGUCUGGGCGAAUAUUGAAGCUUCUGGUACCACGUCCCCAUUGGUUCGGGAUGCUUCCAACCUUCGCAUGCAAGCCGCAGGUGUCAAUAUGGUGUCCCUCUUUUCUAUUGUCUGCGAUCUGAUGCGUGACUGGAGAAACACUCCUGGCUCAUUGCAGCUUCUCCCAUGGCUGGACAAGUACCUGCCUGCCUAUGGCUACCUUGCUAGGCACCACUUGGCUGCCAUUGAGAAUGGCACUGUUGUUGCUGGAGAAGCUGGCUUAGUUUAA